AUGAAAUCAGUCAGAACACCAUCUAAUAGUUUGAUGUUUCCAAAACUUUUUCUCAAUGACUUCAUUCCAAAGGGGUUAAAAACAAAGGAAGCUAAAGGCUUAGUGUGAGCCACAGGAGGGAGUCAGGCAAAGGUAAGUCCUAAGGAAGGCAGCGAAGUGGUUUUUCAACACUCACACUCACACAAAACAAUUGUAUGUUAAUUCUGGUCGGUCACCACUUCUACCAAGAGAACUACAACACGAGACACCACUGGAUUUGUAUUUUGGUUUAUUUCGUUAUAUUUUUUUCUAUGCUUGUGUUGCCAAAAUGCACACUUGUAAGCACUCCACAACAGCUUUGCAGGUUACAAAAAAUAGAAACCUGACCACCUACAGAGACAGAAGCCAUCAAAAGCUGUUUCUAUUAAAAGAGAAAAAAAGACAGAUGCAUAAAAUAAUGAUCGACAAUGCUGCAGAGGUACAGCAGGGCAUGUGAGAUAAAAUAGAGACGGCGGUGUCGAUUUAUAGCUCACCUUUAACUAUUUUAUGUGUUAUUGUUAUACUUGCAGUGUAAAAUCAAUACUGGAGGUAAUUUAGAUGGCCCUUUUCAUGACCUCUUAACCAGAUUAGUUACCAUCUUUCAGCAUUAUUCGGAAAAACAUGAUCUACAAAGCCUCCAGCACAGCACCGUGGAUUCUGGUUUUUGAGCUUCACAACUACGUGCCGUGCAUUUUUUACCAUGUCCGUUUUUUUUUUUUUUUUAUGCUUCUAGGAUGCUAUGAGUUGCACAGAACAUGUUGGAUCUUUCCAAAUCUCACUCUGCCUGGUUUCUGCUGUUUCUUCUGAGCUCUGACAAGUCUGAAAUGAAAAAAAAAAUGCAGGCUGUUCCAACACAUUUCAAGCUUGUGAGUGACACUGGUCCAUGUAUGUCUGCUGUGUGGAUGUGAAAGGGGGCAUAGCUGUGGAGAUAGAGAGACAAGGGGUCAGGUGGAAGCACAAAGGAACGACAAAGGAAGGUGUGGGAACACGGGAUGGUGUUUCGGGGCAGAGCUGUCAGUGAUGGUGAUCCCUUCCCCUUCUUCUCCUUCCCCUCCUUGUCCUCUCCCUCUCAUUUCAUCACCACAGAGGGAAAAGAGAUGGAGCAUUUCGUCUGCCGGAGGUGAAAAGAACUCCUUGAGUGACAAGUCAACCCCCGAGGAUCAGACUUCAUGGGACAGCUUCAAGACAAUGACCCCUGAGCUGUCCAUUGUGCCUGGGGAGCAGAAGGACCGACUGGAACUGCACAAUAAGAACUGGGACUCGUCCUCAGCGGCGAACACGCCAGAAUCGUCCGAGGGAGACUUCCAGACUGAAGUGUAGAGACAUUCAAGCGUACAGUCACUCGCUUGAACACGCAGAGAUGCACACAGAGACACUGGACUCCUGAAAGGCUAUACGUUUUUCCUUCUUUCUGUUUUUUUUCUUCUUCUUUUUUUUUUCCUCACACCCCUCUGCUCCGCGUGUCCCUCGACGCUCUCCGUCGGAUCCUACACUGUAUUUGUUUACCGCUGCAGAGGACAGACAUGAAAGGAACACCGUUCCACUCUAUAUUUUUUGCAAAGACUAUUGAAAAGAAAGAACAGGGGCUGGACACGUCCGUGACUGAAGACAAUUUUAAGUGAACUAUAAAGAGAGAGAAAAAAACAGUACGAAAAAACCCAUUUUGGAAAGGAGAAAAAAAAAAUGUCUUGAUUUUAUUCUGGAGAGAGAAAAAAAAAGGGAAAAUGUCUUUCAAUUGUUUGAUGAUUGGGAUCGGGGUGGUGUGGGCGGGGAGAGAAAAUAUGAAUAUUUCUGCACCGUUCAGUUCUUUUUAUAGCAAGGUUAAAAGAUCUCACUGAGGUUUUCCCACACUGGUAGCCCCCAAACCCCCCAAGGCAAACUUCUUUCAUGAGUUAUUUUUUCUUCCCUUCUAAUGGAUGAUAAAAGCAUCCAGUCCCUCCGUCUUUCUCAUAUGCUUUUUUCCAUUACGUGGCGUGGAUGGACAGGGAAUGUCUAUGUUUGUGUGAGGGUGGGGGGGUUCAGCCUCUCAUCGAAAUGUGCCAACCUCUCACCUGUCUUCAGGUUCCAGCUCAACUACACCCAU